CCGCAAACAAAUCCAUGUUACAUCGUACUGUGUCUCGUGUUCCGAGACUCAACUCUCAGAUAGUACCACCUUAUACAAAUUGUUCCAUCUCUUUAAUCCAAACGAACCCAACAAAAAAAUUAACAUUUUCCCAUAUUUUCCAAAAAUGUUCCAAUCUAAAAUCUUUGAAUCCUGGCAAACAAGCUCAUGCCCAGAUGAUAGUAACUGGUUUUGUUCCCACCAUUUUUGUUUCCAACUGUUUACUUCAAUUUUACUGUAAAUGUUCAAAUUUGAAUUACGCGGUCAAACUGUUCGAUAAAAUGCCUCAAAGGGAUGUAAUUUCUUGGAACACAAUGAUAUCUGGUUAUUCAGGAAUUGGAAACAUGGGUUUUGCGCAGUUUUUGUUUGACUCAAUGCCGGAGAGAGAUGUUGUUUCGUGGAACUCUUUGCUCUCGUGUUAUAGAAAAAAUGGGAUUCAUCGAAAGUCGAUUGAUGUUUUUGUUAAGAUGAGAUCUUUGAAUAUUCCGCAUGAUUAUGAUACAUUUGUUGUUGUUCUGAAAGCUUGUGCUGAUAUUGAAGAUUACGGUUUAGGUCUUCAGGUUCAUUGCCUUGCGAUUCAGAUGAGUUUUGAGAGGGAUGUGGUAACAGGUACUGCUCUAGUAGAUAUGUAUUCAACGUGUAAGAAACUAGAUCAUGCUUUUAGGGUUUUUGUUGAAAUUCCGGAAAGAAAUUCGGUGUGUUGGAGUGCUUUAAUUGCAGGCUAUGUGCGAAAUGAUCGGCUUAUUGAGGGAUUAAAAUUGUAUAAGGCUAUGUUAAAAGAAGGUAUGGGGGUGAGUCAAUCAACAUUUGCUAGUGCGUUUAGGUCGUGUGCCGGAUUAUCUGCAUUUGAAUUAGGCACACAGUUGCAUGCUUAUGCUCUAAAGACGAAUUUCGGAUACGAUAGUAUAGUUGGAACAGCUACAUUAGACAUGUAUGCUAAAUGUGGCAGAAUGAAUGAUGCUAGAAAGCUGUUUAACACAUUCCCUAAACCUACUCGGCAAUCUCAUAAUGCCAUUAUUGUUGGAUAUGAACGGCAAGAUCAAUGUGUUGAAGCUUUAGAGAUUUUUCAGUCUUUACAGAAAUCUUAUCUUGGCUUCGACGAAAUUAGUUUGUCCGGUGCUUUGACUGCCUCUUCGGAGAUCAAAGGCCAUUUGGAGGGGAUUCAACUACAUGGAUUAGCUGUCAAAUGUGGUUUAGAGCUUAAUAUCUGUGUUGCAAAUGCCAUUUUAGACAUGUAUGCAAAAUGUGGAGCAUUGAUGGAAGCUUGUUGGGUAUUUGAUGAUAUGGAAAGAAAGGAUGUCGUGUCUUGGAAUGCAAUCAUUGCGGCUCACGAGCAAAAUGAACAAGCAGAAGAAACAUUUGCACUUUUUGUUUCAAUGCUUAGGUCAACUAUGGAACCCGAUGAUUUUACUUUUGGCAGUGUUGUAAAGGCAUGUGCUGGUCAGCAAGCUUUGAACUAUGGUAUGGAGAUACAUGGAAGAGUUAUUAAGUCUGGUAUGGGGUUAGACUGGUUUGUUGGAAGUGCCAUGAUUGAUAUGUAUUGCAAGUGCGGAAUGCUAGUCGAGGCAGAAAAGAUCCAUGAGAGAUUGGAAGAAAAAACCACUGUUUCUUGGAAUUCAAUCAUUUCAGGGUUCUCGUCACAAAAGCAAGGCGAAAAUGCUCUGAGGUAUUUUUCUCAGAUGCUAAAAGUUGGCGUGAUACCUGACAACUUCACAUAUGCUACGGUUCUUGAUAUUUGUGCUAAUUUGGCUACCGUCGAACUUGGAAAGCAGAUUCAUGGACAAAUUUUAAAGCUACAGUUGCAUUCAGAUGUGCAUAUAGCCAGCACUAUUGUUGAUAUGUAUUCAAAGUGUGGAAAUAUGCAGGAUUCACUCGUAAUGUUUGAGAAAGCACCUAAGCGGGAUUAUGUGACUUGGAGCGCCAUGAUUUGCGCAUAUGCAUACCAUGGACUUGGAGAAGAUGCCAUUAAAUUAUUUGAGGAGAUGCAGCUUCUGAAUGUGAAACCCAAUCAUACGAUUUUUAUUUCAGUCCUCAGAGCUUGUGCACAUAUGGGUUAUGUAGACAAAGGGAUGCAUUAUUUCCGUAAAAUGCGAAGUCACUACGGUUUAGAUCCCCAGAUGGAACAUUAUUCAUGUAUGGUAGAUCUACUAGGGAGGUCAGGACAAGUAAAUGAAGCUUUGAAGCUUAUUGAAAGCAUGCCUUUUAAAGCCGACGAUGUAAUAUGGAGAACUUUACUUGGUAUUUGCAAGUUGCAAGGGAAUGUCGAAGUUGCAGAAAAAGCAGCCAAUUCUUUAUUACAGUUGGACCCUCAAGAUUCUUCUGCUUACGUUCUUUUGUCAAAUGUAUAUGCUAUUGCAGGAAUGAGGAAUGAGGUUACGAAAAUAAGAAGUUUCAUGAAGAAGUAUAAAUUAAAGAAGGUACCAGGAUGUAGCUGGAUUGAGAUAAGAGACGAAGUGCAUGCAUUUCUUGUUGAAGACAAGGCACAUCCAAGAUCUGAGGAGAUAUAUCAGCAAACUGAUACACUUGUAUUUGAGAUGACGCGGGAUCCUGAUAUUGAUGAAGAAGUGGAAGAAUAAGAUCCUUACGAGUGGCACAAAACCCGCCACAUGUAGUGUGAGAUAAUGUAGAAAAGGUUUCAAACACACUGCCUACAAUGGCAUAAUGGAGAAUUCAAGCAGGAGACUCUGAGGAAUCACAGUUUUUUUUUCAUGUGCAAUCAGAAACUGCUGCUCAUGAAUCUGAGAAAAAAGUGUAUAUAGGGUCAGUUGUUGUCUGGAAUUUUGCAGCAAAGAAGAUGAAGAAGCAACACGUAUCAUGAAGGCAGCGGCAGCCUCAAACAUAGAAGUUUACAAGUUAGGGUUUGACUGGACUUGAGUUGAAAUGAGACUUUGCUAUUUUUCAAUCGGGAUCUUCUCUUCUGCAAGAGAGGGGUUCACAGGUAAUCAUCGUGAUGAUGAGAUUUAUGCAAUGCUUAAGGAGUGUUCUAUGGAUCCCAAUGAGACUACACAAAAGCUUCCCUUUCAGGGUUUUGUGUUGCUUGACCUAUAGAAAGUUUAGAGAAAAAGUAGCAUUCUGUUGUAUUGAAGGGGAAAGGAGAAUCAGUUGCAGCAAUGUAAACAAGAUGCAAUAGAUAAGAAGUUAAAAAAGGGUUGGACUCAACAAUUGAAAACUGAGCUCCUCCCUCCCUCAAGAAGUAAAAUUUUCAUUCCUGAAAUUCGAAUCAUGUUCUCCCAAAAGUGUGAUAUAUUUAAGCUCGAGUUGUUGGAAUUUGAUGGGCUGCUUGAAAUACAAAUAGUGGCUCAUGGAUUCCGUUUUGUUCACCGGAUUUGUAAUGUUUCAUUGGAAUAGUCUUGGACAAGGUUUUACUGUUCUUAUUUUUGAAACCAUUUAUUAGUUUGAGUAAGAUUCUUAAUUUGUUUGUUUUUAUCGGAUUUUAAACUUUUCUGCUAUAUAUUGAGUUUUUUUGUUUCAUUCAUGUUUUCAUUGAAUAAUUGUGUGUAAUGUUACCCAGAAAUCCUAAGUACUUUGAUGGUAUCUCAAUUUAGAAGCAUUGUUAUACUUUUAUACCAAAAAUAGUGUCAUGCACUUACCAUUGGUAGGACAAGGGAUACUGGAAUAUGAUGACACACCAGAAUUUAUGAUUGAUUCCUUUUGCCACUGUUACUAGAAGAACAUAUUUUUGUUAGUUUUAUAUCUUCAAUUUGCUUUACAUGUAUAGAAUCAGUUUGUGAGUUAUUAGUUUAAUAUCUGUGUGCCAUGACCGGGUGCUUUUCUCUUUGGAUAUUAUUCAGAGAACAAACAAUCAUAUGGUUUGUUGUGAAUCAUUAGCAUUUUAAUUUUGUUCGUAAUAAAAGAUGGAUUAAAUCACUCAACAGUUAAGGAAGAUAUAUUUUUUUGUUGGUAUAUUUCCAUUUGAUUGUUGGGUUCAAUAAAGAAAUAUAAGUGUUAGUGUCCAUUAAUAUAACUUAUUGAUUUCAAAGUUCAUGACUGUAAGUAUUACUCAGAAUGAAAUAAUAAGGAGGUAAAGCCAUAAUUUAUGGGAUGGACUGUAAGUAUUACUCAGAAACCUAGCAGCAUCAGUAAUGGGUAGUUUGAACAUUGAUAUUAGUAGCAUAGGAAUACAUGGGAUGGGCUGGAGAAGAAGCAUGAUGACUGGCCUAUGCCCCUGUUUCAGUAGGACAGACUUCGCUUCUUUCUAUUAGCUGAGAAUCCAUCAAAUCUGUGAGUUUCGUUCUACAAAUAUAACCUGACACAAGUCAACUAUGAAAUACUGUCAGACAAAAAAAUUCCACAUCUUUUGGCAAUGUUUAGCUGGUUUACAAGGCUUUUUCUUCCUCGAGACACUCUCAAAAUUGAAUCUCUUCCCCAUCAAAACUUUUCCAUGCUUUAUUGGUAAACCUAUAGUAGGUAUGCAUUUUGAGAAGAUAGAGUAAGACACUGAUGCAUGUGAUAAGAACGUUGAGGGAUAAGGAGAA